AGCUUUCGAAAGCACUCAGCUCGCGGCGAUUGCGGGACCUCGCGCGCAUGACGCGGGAUGUCGCCCGUGCUGCGGCAUCCCCCGCCGCGACCACCGCCCGCUGCAGAAGAAGAGGACCUUUCCGAAGAGGAAGGCCUUGAUCGAGCCGUCCUGCUGCGCGAUGAGUUUGACGCGCUGGGCUUCGCAUCGGCUGACGGCGACCCCAAUGCGGAGUCCGCCAAAACUUAUGCCGAGUGGUUUCAAGCGAAGGCGCUGCGACGGCUCAAUCGCUUGCAGGCCCGUCGGGCCAAACUCCCGGCGCCUGGUGACUGGCGCAGUCUGCCGAAGAAGACGCUCAAGGCGCUCUUGCGAAAAGGCAUACCUCCAGAGCACAGGCCGGAAGUGUGGUGGAGCAUCCUGGGCUGCGACGCGGUGCGUCAAUCCUCCCGGGUGUCUUAUCAGCAGUACCUCCAGGAGCCCUUGGAUUCGGCGAGCUCGGAGGUGAUCGAGCGCGAUCUGCCGCGGACCUUCCCAAACCACCGGAAGUUCCGCUGCGCCGCCGGGCGGGCAGAGCUGCGCAACGUCUUGUGGGCCUUCGCCAGGCGAUGCCCUGCUGUGCGCUACUGCCAGGGCUUGAACUUCAUCGCGGGGCUGCUGCUGGUAGUGCUGCAGAACGAGGAGCAAGCCUUCUGGACCCUGGUGUGCACCUUCGAUGCCCUUGGGGUUGAAGGCUACUACACGGAAGGCAUGACGCUUCUGCGGGCCGACCUGCAAGUUUUGACCUCCUUCCUGUCCUCCAAGUGCCCAAGGGUGGCCCGAGAGCUCACGCGCUUGAACGUGGACCUGCUUUCCAUCUGCUCGGAGUGGUUUAUCACCUGGUUCGCCAAGAGUCUGCCCAUCGCCACGGUGCUCCGCGUUUGGGACACCCUCUUCUUUGAGGGCUUCAAGGUGCUGUUCAGAAUCUCCAUGGGCAUCUUCAAACUGGUCGAGCAAGAGGUACUGCGUUGCCAAAGCUUCGACAACGUCAUGGAGCGCGCCAAGCGCUGGCCCAGGGGCCUGGUGCAGCACAACGAGCUCUUGAAGGCCAGCUUCCAGGGCCUCCAGCUGAGGAGAGCAGGUCUCCUCAAAGCGCGUGACGAGGCACUCAGCAGGAUCGAGCAAGAGGAUGAAGAGCGCCGAAAACUGGCGCGAGCUCGAGCGGAGGCGGCCAGGCGCUGACCACCUUUGCGAAGCUUUGAGAAGAGCGGAAGGCGGAAGGACUGCCACGUCUUCCUCUCCAUCCGUUCCAGGAGAGAUCUUCUUCGGUCACAGCUGCCUAGUUAGUUUCCCAGUUGUCCAGUAACACCUGCUACAUUUCUUGUGUUGGGCUUCCCCGC